ACUACGGUGGGAACCUGCAACCUGGGAGCAAAUUCAAAAUAUGUUUUGUCUUGAAGUGAACCGGCUCUUAUUGUAAUCUAGCUUUAAAUAACUUUACCGAGAGUGGUUGAAUGUGGUUCAGUGCUGAGCAAAAGGUGGUUUUAAAUCAGUUACAAAAUUCUUCUUCCAUAGAUGUGUAUUUUUAAAAAGGGAGAAAAUAUAUUUCAAGAUGCGGCUGGUAAUCUUAUUCAUGUUCACUUUGUUCACAAGAAGCUCAGUAGCAGGUCUGUCCCAGCUCUAUCCACCAACCAACUCUGCUGAUCCACAACAAGCUGCACAGCAACUCACUAAAGAGGACUUCCAUAUUUUAUUCCAACUAAUAUCUUUAGUGAAGAAAAUGGGAGGGGUCUCAGCUUUGGAGUCACUUCUGAUCAACUCAGCAAGAAACAACUACAGAAGUCCAGGUCCAGUGUUGUCGAACCAUAGGACAUUGAUCUCAGAUAUUUACGGACCAACAGUGACGGAACUCACAGUGACUUCCCCACCACUCUCCCUGAGGAAGGAGUCAGCUCCACUGGUCCUCACCAACUUUACCAUCAACAUACAGAAACUCAACAUAGAUCCUUACGCUUUAAAAGAAGAAGAUUAAAGAUAUUUGUUUAUAAUA